AUGGCUCCGUUUCGAAAAGACACAACAGCAGUUGCGCGAAGAUGCCCAGACGACAAAUACGCUCUCUUGCCUCAUUUCAAUCUCAACCCCCGACAGAAAAAUAGGGGAGGAGGAGGGAAUGGCAAUAGAGAUGAUGACAACGAUGAUAAUAGUCCGCGUCGUUUUCGGUCCGGCAACGGCAGGAACGGCAAUAACAAUAAUGACGAUGAUGAUAACAACAACGACUCUGGGAGAAAUAGGGGUAAUAGGAAUUCUGGAGGGGGCAACCGGAAUGGUGGCAGCAACAAGGGAAACGGUAACGGAAAUGGCAAUGGGUACAGAAAUGGGGGAGGUAGUAACCGGUCUGAGAAUGGGGGUAACGGAGGAAGAUUUCGAAAUGGCAGUGGUAACGGUAACGGCAACUCAGGUGGAGGAAACCGAGGAGGUAACAGGGGCGGGAAUGAUAGCAGCGAUGAGGAUGGGGGGAAUAGUAAGGAAGGUGAAGAAAAUGUGGGCAACAGUAACGGGAAUGGAAGCGAAAAUGGGAAUGGGAAUGGGAAUCGAAAUCGAGGGAGCAACCGGGGAAACGGUGGCAGGAACAAUGGAGGUAACGGCAGAGGAAAUGGGUCAGGAAAUGGUGGAAGUCGCGGAGGAAACAAUGGGAGUAAUGGCAACGGCAAUGGACGUUUUAGGGAUGGGAACAGAAACGACGACGGUGAUGACGACUCUAGGCCAUCGUCGAGUAGCUCUCCCGAAUCGACUUCCGAACCAACUCCUGAGCCAACUGCCGCGCCCUCUUCCUCGUUACCGGAGGCUGCUCCGACCGCAACCGAAACCCCCGUUUCUGGAGAGCCAACUACGUCGGCAGAAGGGACGAUCUCUGAUGCCCCCACUGCGUCUGGCACAUCUGCCGUUGUCCCUCAGCCUGAAAUGACCCCAAGCCCGACUCUUGAGGAUCCUUCUGUCACCACGUAUGCCCCCAUCAUCACAGCGAGCGAGGUGCCGUCGUCAUCUAGCCUCGUCGAUAUUGGUGAGAAUGGGGCUUCCGGAACUGUACCUUCGUCACUGGCCCCGUUACCCACGCCAUCUGCCAGCCCUCCUCCACUUCCGGGGCCGCUGGGUGAAACGCCCGAGAUCAAGCCCAACGAUGGUGACCUAAGCAAUGGCAGCGUUGUCAACCGGAUUGAACCGUCAGAAAGUGGUAUGGACCGCGGAACUGAGCGCGUUCUGAUCUCGGUUAGCUCAAUAGGUGCCUUCAUCAUUGUAUGCUUCAUAGUUUGGAUGAUUUGGCGGCUGGUAAGGGCGAGGAGGAGGCGUGGCCAGGGGAGGGCUAACGUCCUGGGCGGGCUUCCCAAGGGGUUGACUUCCAAGGUCUCAUUCCUCAGACACCGUCCAGAACUGAGCUUAAGUGGUUCAACCAUCAAUGGAUCGCCCCCGCCAACGCUCCAUGAAAAGUCGGGCAGCAUCAGCAGUUUGGUCGGGGGUUACUAUGCCCCAGACAAGUCGCAGUUGCAAGCACAACCACAACCACAGCCACGACCACAACAGCAACAGCAACAGCAACAGCAACCGAAGCCGCAACCACAAAUACAGAAACAGCAACAAACUCAGCCAAUGAUAAUGCCCGAUCGGUCAUUUCAGGCUCGCUAUUCCGAGAGCAUUUAUCCUUCACAGAUUCCAGAGCCUCUUAUGUACGCCCCGCCGCCAAACGGCCUGAACAUCACGAACAUGGCCAGCAUCCCGACAGCGUAUGCUCAUCAACCUCAGGGGUCUCUGAGCUCUACGAAUGCCGCCAACUUCAGCUCAAUGAUACCGAGUGAUGGUUCAAUUGGCACUGCGUACACUACGACUGUGCCAACUACUCUCUACUACAACCAACCGAUGUCCACAUCGCAAAUGGGAGCUGCUUAUGGAUAUCGCCAACCUAGCAUGUUCGAGAGUGACGUCUCGUCUCUUUCUUCAGGCUUCGGUGACGGGGAUAUUAUCCUCCCUCCAAACGAUCAGCCGCAGCCUCCAGCCCUGGCGGCCCUUCCUCGUGCCCCAGCAGAUCCAAACGCUAGCCCUGAUCCAAACAACACUGGCACAGCCGCAAAUUACACAACCCGCUUCUCCUGGAUGUCCAAUCGUACAACCCAAACUCAAACCCAACCACCAUUACGCAACUCCCAAUCCUUCGCCCCUCAUCUCCAGCGCGCCCCCAGUCUCGCCCGCAGCGAAUCCGUUUACACUCAAACAAGCGAAGACCACCCAGCCCGAUUCCGCUCACUGCGCUCCUGGGUUGACCAACAAACGGGCCGUAUUCAUCGCGCACAAGCUCGGUUCCGCGAGCUACAAAGCAAGAACGGCGACGGCAGCACCACCCUUGGCAGCGGCAGCGAGAAGGACCUGUUCCCUCCGGAGCCGGCAGAGAUGACGAUAAUGUAUGCGGGGAUUCCGGGGAUUCAUAAUCCGCCACCGGAGCCGAAUUUGGGGAUGAUGGGGGAUGAGGAGCGGCCGAGGAGGGUAGAGAGUGCGUUGGGGGGGAUGGGGAUGGCGUUGCCGGGGAGUGCGGUAGGCAACUGGGGGGAUAAGAGGGAUAGUCAAAGCGAGAGGAGAGAGGACAAGGUGAGGAAUGUGUGA